GUUGACUUAUCAUUCACUUGAAUAAUUUUAUUUGAAUAUUCAAAUCGACCUAUGAAUAUUUCAGAAAAUAACAUGAAUGUGCCUUUUAUUCGAUGAUAUUGAAGAUGAUGCGUGUUUGGUGAUGAAGUGUGAAGUGAAGUGUUACAUGUUCAAUCAAUUACUACUAUAAAUCCAUAAAAAUUAGCGCAAUCACAUCACAUAACAAUAAAAAUGUUCCCAAACUACAUAGACGACUUCAUCGACAAAUAUAGUGAUCCAAGGAUUAAGGGUUCACAUUCAAUAUGGGAACCAGCAAUAUUGAUUACAUUAUAUAUAUUAUUAGUAAGGAAAAUUGGACCUUGGUACAUGAAGAAUAAGCAACCAUACAAUGUGAGGACGUUUAUAAUGAUUUUUGACGCUAUUCAAGUGAUCACAAAUCUGUAUUUCGUUAUUGAGGUGGCAAAACUGACCGUUGCAAUGACUGGAUCUUUUUUCUGUCUAGAGAAAGAUGAAACAGAUAGCGAUUUCGGAAAACGAUGCAUUUAUUUCACCAAGUUAUAUUACUGGUUGAAAGUUUCUGAUCUCCUAGAUACCGUUUUCUUCAUCUUGAGAAAGAGCUGGCGUCAAGUGAGUUACUUGCACGUUUACCAUCAUACCAUCAUGGUAUUCUUUUCAUGGUUGAUGCUGAAACUAUCACCAGGUGGACACCUUGCCUACUUUGGAUUAGCUAACUCCUUUGUGCAUACCUUCAUGUACACCUACUAUUUAUUAUCCGCAUACGAUUCUAGUUACAAAAAGAACUUAACCUUGAAGAAAAUGGUUACACAGGUACAAUUGAUCCAAUUUUGUUUCAUUGCCGUAGUGUUCGCACCAACAAUGAGCAGUUCCUGUUCUUUUCCAAGUUCCUUAGGAUUUAUAGCUGUUACUCAAUCUAUCUACUUCAUCUAUCUCUUUGGAAAUUUCUACUACAAUAGCUAUAUCAAAACGGAUUCAGGUAACCAUCGUGGAUCAAAGUCCAAAUAAUGAAAAAAGAAAAAGAUGAGGUCGUUGAUUCCAUCGAUGCUCUGCCGAAUAGGAAGGUUCAACUAUUUAUAUUUUCUGCCUGAAACUAUGUGAUUUUGUUGAUUUUUUAUGUUAGGAAAUCAUUGUUCCGAAAUUGAGCAUCAAAUCGGAAAUAAAUAAUGAUAAAACA